AUGUCCAGCCGGGGCUUCAAUUCGACAUUCGGUGGCCUGCCGACCACAAUAUUCGAGCUGAUGAGCCAGCUGGCUGCCAGGCAUGGCAGCAUCAACCUGGGGCAGGGAUUCCCGGACAACGAGCUGGAGGGGCCCGCGUCCAUGAAGGAGGCCGCGUACCAGUCCAUGCUGCAUGACAGCAACCAGUACCCGCCCAUGGUCGGCGUGCCAGAGCUGCGCCAGGCGCUGGCAGAACACAGCGAGCGCUACACGGGCCUCCCCUUGGACUGGCAGUCCCAGGUGCUGAUCACCAGCGGCGCCACCGAGGCCCUGGCAGCCGCCUUCCUGGGCCUACUGGAGCCAGGGGACGAGGUUGUGGUCUUUGCGCCGCUCUACGACUCCUACAUCCCUAUCAUUCGAAGGGCUGGUGCGGUGCCGGUUGUGGUCCAACUGCGGGCGCCAGAUUGGUCCUUUGACGCGGCAGAGCUUGCCACAGCGUUCAACGCCAAGACCAAGCUGAUUGUCGUCAACACGCCACACAACCCCAGUGGAAAGGUUUUCUCACGGGCUGAACUGGAGACCAUUGCUUCCCUGGUGCAGGAGCACGAUGCUUAUGCAGCCCUGGAUGAAGUGUAUGAGCACCUAGUUUACCCAGGCUACGAGCACGUGUCGCUGCGGACGCUGCCUGGCAUGGCGGAGCGCAGCAUCCGCAUCGGGUCCGCGGGCAAGACCUUCAGCUUCACGGCCUGGAAGGUGGGCUGGGUCACCGGCCCAGCGCCCAUGGUCCAGGCCGCGGCCAAGGCCCACCAGUUCCUGACCUUCACGGUGCCGGCGGCGCUGCAGCGGGCGGUGGCGCGGGGGCUGAGGGAGGAGCGCAGCUUCUACGAAGGAUUGGGGCCGAUGUUCCUCAAGAAGAGGGAGUGGCUGGCAGCCAAGCUCACCGCCAUCGGCUUCAAGGUGCUUCCUGGUCAGGGCACCUACUUUCUGACCACCGACUUCUCCGGUCUCUUGCCCGAGAACAGCACCGAGGAGGACGUUGAGUUCUGUUCGAGGCUCACGACAGAGGGCGGCAUCACACUGAUCCCAGUCAGCGCCUUCUACGAGGACAGGACUACGGCGCCGAAGCGGCUCGUGCGUUUUGUCAUCUGCAAGACGGAUGCCAAGCUGCAGGCGGCCGUGGAGAAGCUGGAGGCUUACUUUUCCAAGCGCUCUUGA